CAUAUGGCUAGGCACCUUCUGUGCACAUUUUCAAAGAAACCAUGGAAAAUGCCACAGAAGCCAAAAUAAGUUUGAAGCUUUUUUUUGACACAAAUGCUGACAAAGUUGUUUUUGCUGAAGCUGGCAAAGAUUUUGUAGAUUUUCUCUUCCAUCUUCUGUCUCUGCCACUUGCCACUGUCACUAGGAUCUUAAAAGAAGACAUGGUGGGUUCACUAGCCAAACUCUAUGAGACCAUUGAAAGUCUUAGUGAUUCCUACUUGCAACCAAACCAAAAGAAGAACGCACUGCUAAAUCCCCGAGCCCCAAUAUGUGCCACUGAAAUCCCUCUUAUGCUUUCUGAUUAUGAACUGCAUAAUCGAAAAUCAUACGUAUGUUCUAAUUGUAACUCAUUUGUGGCUGAUGUUCCAAACUUGCUAUGUCCUCGGUGCAAGCAAAAAAUGUCCUCUGCCGUGUCUUAUGUUCCUCCAUCACCUGCAAACACAGGAUUUCCUGUUGACGGAGGAUUUAUAAAAGGUCCAGUGACUUUCAUUGUGAAGGAUAAUUUGGAGAUUAUGCCUAUGUCUACUGAAAAUUUACGUCCUUUGCUUACAAAGAAGGAAGGUAUUUUAGAGCUGGGGCUUAUGUUGGAUGUGGAUGGGGCUAUGAAGCUGCUGCAGUUAUCUUCACAAAGCAGGACGGUUUUAACAAAGUUUUACAAGGACAACCCUAAUAUACAUUUAACGUCUUGCAAUCCAUUGUGAAUCCUAAGAGCCCAGUUCUGAAGGCUUAUUUCCUGAAAUUGCAUGAAUCAUGUUAUAUAGUUGCCUUGGUAGUAUUCUACCCAAGUUGUAAUGUUGAUAAAUAAAGUGCAAUUAUGCGUAGCUUUUUCAUAAAUGCAACUGGGAUAGCUUUAUAGCGUUUAAUAAGAGUUAACGACUUCUUCCCACCCAAAA